GGUGACUCCGGACAACUCCGGACGACUCUGAACGAUUCAAGACAACUCUGACUCCAGGUGACUCCGGACAACUCCGGAUGAUUCUGAACGAUUCCAAACAACUCCGGACGACUCUGAACGACUCAAGACAACUCUGACUCCGGGUGACUUUGGACAACUCCAGACGACUCCGAACGACUCCGGACGACUCUAACUCUGGGUGACGCCGAAUGACUCCGCAUAAUGCUGGGCGGACCUACCUUCCAGAGUCGCUUCCGAAAUUAUCGGCAUCGUAUCGGAGUCGACUACGGAUGUUUUGGUAACUUUAUCCAUCACCAUUCCUUGGCUAGUCAGGCCAGUCAUCUCCAACAAAUCCAACCAGCCAGGAGUUUGCUUACCGGUCCAUUCGCAAGAACUUGUCGAGUUGGUCCAAGCCCAGACGAACUCUACGAAACGCCAUUCUCCGUAGUUCGUUCCAUUCAGCUGGAGCAUGCCAGUGCCUUCUUUUUACAGAGGAACCUUUGCAGAGGGACCUAAAGGAACUCUGUACUUGCUCUUGAAAUACUAAGGUAGCUUAGAUCGAAAUGAGAUUAAAUUCGAUUCCAGCUCCAAACGCCGUUACAUUCUGGAAAUUAAAGUGAGGCUAGAAGUUGAACUAUUUGUCCUUUUCGACGUACAACAGACAUCUAUUUAAAAAAAAUCGUAACCUCACACGAGGAUAUAUCCUACGAUGCCUAACCUUGCCCUGUCAACACCUUGGAUAAACAGUCCCAGUGUGUGUGUGUGCCAUCUGUAUCGUGUUUCGAGCAGUGCCCGACUGCUCGAUUCCACUCGAGUAUGGUUGUUUAUAGUUUUCUUGGGUGUUUUCCCCCUCUCUUUCUUCUGGUUGUUGUACGGCCCGUCGCACGCCAGUGUGUUUUGCAGCAGCUCACAGAACGGCGCCGUGCGUGUAGGUCGCAUUGACCAAAACCCUGCAGAAGUUUACCCGAAAUCGGUUCCAUUGCUCUCAGUGGCGGUGUGUUUUUUUUUCUGGUGGUGCCUGGUGCUGUUGCUGCGAUUCCGCACGCGGGACGCUGCUGUUUUUGGGCCGUAGCUUCCGUGGAUGAUGUCAGAAGAAUUGGCCAGCAGCUGCUGCUCGUUUGGCGCUUCGUCGUCGUCGCACGCAUAAACGAAGGCUUGGGAGUGCGCGCGCGUGUGUGUGUGUUUUUGCGUGGGCAUUUUGUGUGUUGCCGCCGGGGGUAAGCCAUAUGAAGCGUUGUGCGUUCGGGGCAGCCAAGCUUCGCCUACCGCACUUACAUAAAAGGAAACGAUGAAGUAAUCGGCCACCCUCCCACCCGCUCUGAUUUUGUUUCCCUCGUCUUCUUCCUCUUCUUCUUCCGUGGGUCGCCCGCGCGCGCCAUUGGCCUCGGCUCGCUCGCUUCCUUUGUUCUAGCCCAGUGCAGUGUGUGGCCAGGGAACGCUUCGAACGUGGAUUCGCUCCGAUCCCGGCGAGUCGCCAAUUUGCAGUAGACACAUCCCGAAACAUCCCCUACACGCACACACACGCACACCGAAAGGACCAACAACAAAGUGCAAGUGUGUUUGUGCGUGUGUGAGACAGAACAAUCAACCCCCGUCAACAGGAAGCACCCCGAGUGUGACAAAACCCGUAGCGAAACAUCUGCCAGGAAGAGCAGGUCAGGGAACGCGCACCACCAGCCCUGUCGCGCGCUCAGUCAACCAUCAACCACCGGGAAAAGCAAAAUGAACCCGAACGUGGUGACGCGCAGCAGCGCCAAGCAGUCGAAGGUUCGGACCCGUGCCCAGCAGGCAGCAACGGAGGCGGAGCAGGAGGAGCGGCGGGUGAAGCUGUACGGUGGCUAUCGGUCGACCGGCAAGGGCAGCAUAGCGGAGGCUAAGAAGCAGGGCAAGCUGAGAAUGUCCGCCACCAGUCAGAACGGCACGGGGGCCGGCGGCGACCAGCGCCGCAGCUCCGACUUUACCGAGGUGCAGCUGAAGGACAUCUUCCAGAACGCGCAGAGCGGGGCGCGGACGGUGCGCGGCCCCACCGGCAUCCUGUACGACGAGCGGUUCGCGCUGCACCGCUGCCUGUGGGACACCAACUAUCCGGAGUGCCCGGAGCGGUACCUGCGCGUGAUGGAGCGCUUCACGAUCGGGCAGCUGGUCGACCGGUGCCAGUUCAUAGCGCCCCGGCCGGCCACCCGGGCCGAGCUGCUGACCAAGCACACGGCCGAGCAGAUCGAGCUGCUGGCGCAAACGCACGGCUCGCAGGACGAGCCCGAGCUGGAGCGGCUGAGCUCGCACUACGACGCCAUCUUCAUCCAUCCGACGUCGUACGAAACGAGCGUGCUGGCGGUCGGCAGCACGAUCCAGCUGGUCGAGAGCGUGUGGAGCGGGACGGUGCAGAACGGGAUGGCGAUACUGCGGCCGCCCGGCCACCACGCGAUGACCGCCGAGUACAAUGGGUACUGCUUCUUCAACAACGUGGCGAUCGCGGCCCAGCACGCGCUCGACCAUCUCGGCACGCAGAAGAUACUGAUCGUCGACUGGGACGUGCACCACGGGCAGGGCACGCAGCGGAUGUUCUACUCCGAUCCGAGGGUGCUGUACUUCUCCAUCCAUCGGUACGAGCACGGCACGUUCUGGCCGAACCUGCGCGAGUCCGACUUUGACUACGUCGGCACCGGCAAGGGCGAGGGGUACAACUUCAACGUGCCGCUCAACAAGACGGGCAUGACCAACGGCGACUACCUCGCGAUCUGGCAGCAGCUGCUACUGCCGGUCGCCACGGAGUUCGCUCCCGAGCUGAUUAUCGUGUCGGCUGGUUAUGAUUCUGCCCUGGGCGACGAAAAGGGCUGUAUGGAAAUAACACCCGCGUUCUACUCGCACCUGCUCAGCCCGCUGCUGCUGAUGGCGCAGGGACGCGUCGCCGUCGUCCUGGAGGGUGGCUACUGUCUCGAGUCGCUUGCCGAGGGCUGCGCGCUCACGCUCAAGACGCUGCUCGGCGAUCCGGCCCCACGGCUGGCGGAAGCGCUGCAGCCCCCGUCCGAGAGCAUGCAGGCGUCCAUCCUGAACUGCAUCUACAGCCACCGGAAGUACUGGAAGUGUUUGCAGCUGUACGAGCUAUACGACCUGGAGGACUACAACAACACCAACCCGCAGGACAACUUCCACAAGGUGAUCAAAUGCUACGUACCGCCGGAACCGCCGGCCCAGCCCGGCCGGUACGAGACGCGCAACUGCUACCCGGUGCAGUCGGCGGACGAGCGCGCCCGCAUCCAGGACCGGCUGGCCCGGCUGCACCUCGCCACCGAUCUCAGCUUCCCGCCCGACCGCGUCUGCUACGUGUACGACGAGCUGAUGCUCGAGCACCGCAACAGUGCGGAAAAGUGGCACCCGGAGCAGCCGGAGCGCAUCGCGAAGAUCAUGCAGCGGCUGACCGGGGACUACCAGCUGGCGCAGCGCAUGAAGCGGCUGCCGGGCCGGCUCGCCACCACCGAGGAGCUGUGUCUGGUGCACGGGCCGGAGCACGUGCGCCUGAUCGGCGAGGUGUGCCAGUCGAGCACGAUGAAGCAGACGGCCGACCAGUACAACUCGAUCUACUUCCACCCGAGCACGGACGCGAGCGCCCGCAUGGCGACCGGCUCGGUGCUGACCGUGGUGGAGGACGUGCUGGAGGGCCGCACCCGGUCGGGCGUGUGCGUGGUGCGCCCGCCCGGCCACCACGCGGAGGCGGACACGCCGCACGGCUUCUGCAUCUACAACAGCAUCGCGGUGGCGGCCCGGCAUGCGGUCAAGCGGUACGGGCUGCGGCGCGUCCUGAUCGUCGACUGGGACGUGCACCACGGCAACGGCACGCAGCACAUCUUCGAGCAGGACCCGCACGUGCUGUACGUCUCGGUGCACCGGUACGACAAUGGGGCGUUCUUCCCGCGCAGCACCGACGCGGACUACACCGUCGUCGGCAGCGGGCCGGGCCGGGGCUUCAACGUGAACAUCCCCUGGAACCGGAAGGGCAUGGGCGACCCGGAGUACGUGGCCGCGUUCCACUCGGUCAUACUGCCGAUCGCGUACGAGUACGAGCCGGAGCUGGUGCUGGUGUCGGCCGGGUUCGAUGCGGCGAUCGGCGACCCGCUCGGCGGGUGCCGCGUGACGCCCGAAGCGUACGGCCACUUCACGCAGUGGCUGUCGGUGCUGGCGGGCGGCCGGCUCGUCCUGUGCCUCGAGGGCGGCUACAACGUCAACUCGAUCUCGCACGCGAUGGCCAUGUGCGCGAAGGCGCUGCUGGGCGAUCCGCUGCCGAUGCUGCUGCCGGUUAGCGGCACCGCCCGCACGCCCCCGGCGACGCACGCGUCCUGCUGCGAGACGCUCUCGAACGUGCUGUCCGUGCAGCGGCUCUACUGGCGGUCGCUCUGCUUCAACAAGAAGCUGCCGAGCAGCGAACCGCUGCUGGAGGAGACCGGCAGCGAGCUGAUCGAGGCGCUCGACAAUAUGACGCUGAGCGAGCGGGGCGGCACCGACCAGCAGCAGCCGCAGCAAACCACGUCCACCCCGUCGUCGUCGUCGUCCGCUGCGACGGCUGGCAGCAGUGGGGGUGAGCAGGCGGCGGGCAGCUCCAAACAACCGUCCCAAACGCUGACCGAAUUUUUGGAGGCUAACUUAGAGGCACUGCAGAACGAGGAAAUGUUUGCCGUAAUACCGCGCCGCGACUGUCCCCAUCUGAGGCUGCUGCGACCGGAAACGGCCCCCGAGGCAAUCGACACGCGCACACCGUGCAGUGACUGUGGUGCGGAGGUGGAAAACUGGAUCUGUCUGCUCUGCUUCGGCGUGUACUGCGGCCGGUACGUGAACGAGCACAUGCUGCGGCACGGUACCGGGGCGGCCGACCAUCCGCUCGCCCUCAGCUUCGCCGAUCUGUCCGUCUGGUGCUACGGGUGCGACGCGUACAUCGACCAUCCCGCCCUGCACCACUACAAGAACCUGGUGCACCAGGACAAGUUCCACGAGCCGCUCGUCUGGUCGUACGGCAGCGACCUCGUGCUGGACGUCGUGCCGGGCAGCGCCGGCCGCAAGGCGGGACAGGACUGAUAUUGGCCGGACGUCUCGAAGGUGAUCUUUCGAGUGUUGGUGCUGUUUCUGCUGAAAAACAUUCUCGUCGGUUACCUGAAGUAGGCAAAAAAGCGGGAGAGAGCGAACAAAAAAACAACAAACAAACACGCCUCCCAGAGAUUGCGCUAGCCCUUGCUUUAAAAAAAAAAAACAACUUGCAUUACAGCGUUUUCCAGGUGUUCUCAUGGUUGUGGGAACUCCUUCCUUGAUUCUUUCUUAUUGCAAGUGAACUUCAUGUGUUGGAAAUUAGACUCUAUUGGCACGCUUGCUGGACAGGCUUCCUGCAUAUUCGUGUUGGAUUUGUCCAUCAAGGGUGCUAUAGAGUCCAAUUCCCAUUACAUUAAGUUCAUUUCACGUAAGAAGGGGUCAAUAACUGUACUGGGGAAAAUGGGGAUGUACCACGGGUUGCUGUACGGCCUGAACGCUCUCCGCCAACCGGUUCCGUUGUAACAUAUCUUUCCGUACCAAAAUGUGCCGGCAGCGGUAACUAUUUAUCAUAUAUACCAUACGUAACGUCAAACUAACGCGCGUCGCGUCGUCCUGCUGUCGUCCCCACUGUACACAAUGUUCGUUCUAAUCCGCUGUAUGCACAAUUUAACGAUUCCUCUUGAAUGUGUGCGUGUGUGUGUGUUUUUUUUUCGUUCUUAACGGGAGCAUAACGAUACCGAUAAGGGCUACUUACGAUAAGUGUUACAGAGACUAUAUAGAGCGUAGAGCGGGAUAGGAUAUAGAAGCUGAGGGACAACGUUAAUGACUCUUGUACAAAUCAAGCAUGCAACAGUGCGUGAAUGUUGAAAGCAACGGGUGGCGAAAGUAGAGUGGAACAGCCACUGGCCACUGUUCAGAUUUGUUUUUUUUUGCCGGGGUGGGGAAAUGGAAAAGUUUGUUGAAGAAUUGUGUAACUUGUGUUUAGGAUAUACUAGCUCAAACCAAUUAUACUGCAACUAACCAAUUUGUAGAGCGCGUAGUAGUAGACAAGCGAGCAAAAAGUAAAAGUAAAAGGCAUAUGUUAACUAGAUAUUAACUAAGCAAAUUCUAUUAGCCCGACUAAAACUGUGCAACAGCAGGCGCACACACACACGUGUGGUAACAAAACAAUACUAAAACAUUUAACGCUAGCGCUGUUUUGCACAUGUUAGGACAGGACAUCCUGGUUGGCCAUUCCAUUUUCAUCGUGUGUGUGUGUGUGUGUUUGUUAGAAAUUUUAGAAAACCUUUUUUUCUGUUUGCUGUAGACCAAGAUUACGUAUUGGCGGUUGCAUUUUUUAUCGUUUUUUGCUGUUUUUUUUUAAUUCCUUUUUGCGAAUGUACGAAAAAGAUGCGGUCAGGAUGGAAGUGUUAGAAUUUGAAGACGAUAGUGUUUCUGUGUUUUUUUUUUCAUAUUGAAGAUUCAUUAUAUACAAAAUCAACUUGUUUCAAAUGAGAGGAGAUAGCGUGUGCGUUAGCAAUUGAGAGCAAAGGGAGAGCACGGGAGCGCGCCGGGAAAGUGUUACAAUUGUGUAUGUUUGUUCAAUAGAUUAUUAACAAAUAGUAACUAAAA